AAUAUUGGAACAAAACAUGUUUCUUCAGGCAGUCGACAACUUCCACAAUGGAUAAUCAUCUUCAUCGAAUUUUAUCAAAAUUUAUCAAAAGUCUUACUUUUAAUUAAACCAAACAGGGAAAUAAUUCCUAUUUACAAUUUUUGAGUAUUAUUAGGGAGUUUCUGUCUGUUCCAUUUGUGUUUCAAUGGCGACGAAUAACACAGUCUGCGUGACAGGGGCAGGCGGGUUUGUAGCUUCAUGGCUUGUGAAGCUUCUCCUCUCCAAGGGCUAUACUGUUCAUGGCACCGUCAGAAAUCCUGCUGAUGAUAAAAAUGUUCAUUUGAGGAACCUCGAUAACGUGGUUGGGAAACUGGAACUUUUCAAGGCAGACUUGCUGGAUUAUGACUCAAUUUCUGCAGCCAUAAAAGGAUGCAAUGGAGUAUUCCAUGUUGCAAGUCCAGUUCCACCAGCCUCCGUGCCAAAUCCCGAGGUAGAACUGAUUGAGCCUGCUGUAAAGGGUACACUUAAUGUACUCAAGGCAUGCUCUGAGGCAAAUGUUGGGCGUGUUGUAUAUGUAUCGUCAAGUGCUGCUGUUGUGAUGAACCCUAACAGGCCCAAGGGUCAAGUAAUAGAUGAGACCUGUUGGUCAGACAGAGAAUACUGCAGAUCAUCAAAUAACUGGUAUUGCCUUUCCAAAACAUUGGCGGAGAGUGAGGCUUGGGAAUAUGCAAAGAGAAGUGGACUUGAUGUUGUAACUGUUUGUCCAACCGGUGUGUUUGGGCCGAUGCUGCAGAACACAGCAAAUUCUAGUAGUCUCGUUCUUAUUAAGCUUUUGAAAGGACACGAGGAAGUGGAAAACAAAACCCGGCUGAUAGUUGAUGUUCGAGAUGUAGCUGAAGCACUAAAAUUGGUAUAUGAAAAACCUGAAGCUGAAGGUAGAUACAUUUGUUCUGCUUACAUGUUAAAAACUGAGGACAUCGUGGAAGAACUGAUGAAAAUCUAUCCCGACUAUAAAUAUCCCAAGCGUUUUACAGAGGGAGCAGAACUGGGAAAUCUCAGUUCAGAAAAAUUGCAGAGGCUGGGUUUGAAAUAUAGGCCACUCGAAGAAACUCUUGUUGAUUCUGUUGAGAGCUACAAACAGGCUUGGGUUCUGGAUUGAAGCCAUCAAAUUUCAACAAAUGCACUUUCUCUUCAAUAAGUAUUCUCAUACAUGUUCUCAUGUUUGCAACAAUUCUAUGUUGUUGCUGGCAAUGUUCGUCUCUUUUAUGUUAAACAUGUUGUAAAAUAUACCGAAGUUAUAAUUUAAAUAACUUUUGUCAUCUCUUAUAUAAUCUGUUACUCUACUCGUACGGUUGUCGUCUAGGAAAUAAAGCCAUGUAGACCUUUUUAUGGAAUCUUUGAUUACCCCAAUGCAAUAUAAGGGAAGUGUGUUAGUUGGAA